AUGCCUGACCGUAUAUGGGACGAAACCGUUGCGCUCGGCACGGCUCCCAUAUUCGACGAUGCUAUAUAUCUGGCCGAAGCCUUGGGUCUGCCUAUGAAUCAGAAUGAGGACCAUCUCGACGCCGAGGUGGCGCUGCUUGCUCGCGAAUCUGGUGUCCCCGAUUCUUAUCGUUUCGUACCCCCGCCAGAAACCAUCUCUCGCGCAAUCUCGACUAUGACGCUGGAUAGCGAUCAGAGAAGUUCCAGAUCAAUUCACUCUCAAGAAACGCAGUCAACAAGCUUCACAUCCGCGCCUUCCCGAACUUCCAGAGACCUCAUUUUCUCCACUGACGGCUCAACCACAAGAAGGGCACCUCCAGCACGCUCACAGAUUACGUCACCUGUUGAGAAGUCUCGAGACUUUGUUGACCGUCCCGAAUCUGAUUUCCAGUCAAGACAAUCAUCGACACUGUCCAUCACACCUUCCGCCAUCUCCAGCUCAGCCUCGUCACAGCAAGCGCAACCAAGGAAGAAACGGGGCUCCGUCAUUUUCUCCAUGUUCAGAAGGGAUUCAGGGCCUCGAGGCGCAAAGCUGGUAUGCGGUCACAUAUCGUCUGACGCCGACGUUCGCGCACAUAUACAAGAGUCAUUAAAGAGAGGCGCACACGUAGCGCCCGAUUGCUGUGGAAGCGCAUUACCGCAAUCCAUUCUGGAGCGCGUCCCAGCAAAAGACGACCCGAGGCUCGCUAUGGAGACUGCUACCGAGCUGCCUGAGCCUCUUUCCCGUGACUCUGACUAUUGCGAAAUUGUUACCUCAACUGCUGACAGUUCCCAUCCCAUAAUUGACUCUCUAGUUUCAGACAUUUCCUCCGCUUUGCCACAAUCUCCAAUGAGGCGCACCCGACACGAGGCGAUCAGCAUCGGCUUGGCGUUAGCUAAAGAGGCUUUCGCAAGUUACAGGACACAACAGAAGGAAGAGCUUGCACGUGUCUCGCUGUUCGAGUGCAGCCAAAGAAAAGCCUUGUCAGCGUACCAAUAUUGUUCAAUGCAACAAUUGGGAGAACAGCUUGAGAUUGAUAAGAACGAACGGAUCGGACAGCACAAUGAGGACCUGGAGCGAUUAGAAGAACGACAACUUCUCGCUGAACACGACCUGUUGAAAGCACAAGCUCAAGAGACACAGAACGUAGCGACAGCCCUAAAGUAUAUUGAGGCGUAUUGCCUACGUACGAGAAGCAACCAAGAGCGUGUGCAUGCUGUGUCGGAGGAAGACUUGAAGAAGCUGGACCACCAAAGAUUGAUCCAACAGGAUCUUCCCAGACGACACGCGAGUGCAAUCAACGUCUUACGAGCAAGGCAAGAGAUGGACACCGCACGAAGACUAGAAGCACAAGAAGCAGAGCUACAGCAAUUAGGCAUUGAGCACGAGAAAAGGAAGUUUGCAAAAGAAGCGGAAUAUCACAAGGAGCUGGCAAGGCUUGAAACCGUUAUCGAAUUAAGAAGAAAGAGGCUUCUACAAAGGUGGGAUCUCAGGUUUGAAAUAUGGCGACGUGACUGGGAAGCGCAGCACGACACGACUCUGACGGUAGAACUCGAACACGAAGACUGGCCACCUCGCAAAGCAGAUCACACGAUUUCCAUACCUGAAGCAAGUUUGCUAGCUCAGUACAUCAAGGCUGCGGCAUGA